CUUAAUUAAAAGUUAAUAACUAACAAACAAAAAAAAAGUAAAAAUUAAAAGCAAAUUAGCCAAAACUGUGAUCGAAAGUUUCGUUUCAAAGCGAAAAAACCACAAAAGCACUGUAUUCGACCCACGCAAAUUAAGCCAAAGACAUUUACAAACUCUUCACCAAUAAAAAGCUCAAAAAGCUCAAUUCACAUUAAGCACACUAGGCGUACGAGGCAGCACUGCAAAAGAAAAGAAAAUAAAACAGACAAAAAAUGCCACAAAUCAAGCCACUGCUCAUCAUAUUCCUUUUCGUGGCGACCCAAUGUCCCAACUCAAGCUCACAGAAUCUGCAUGUUUACACUUAUAUUACAGAGCCGAAUUCGCAGCUCGAUCCGGAUCCGGAAUUCUUGGGCACCAUUAGUAAUGUCACAUAUCCGGCGGGACGUGAGGCGAUAUUGGCGUGUUCGGUGCGGAAUUUGGGUAAAAAUAAGGUCGGCUGGUUACGCGCCUCCGAUCAAACUGUGCUCGCCCUGCAAGGUCGCGUUGUCACACACAAUGCUCGGAUAAGCGUCAUACAUGAAGAUGCUCACACUUGGAAAUUGAAGAUAAGCAAAUUGCGCGAAAGUGAUCGCGGUUGCUACAUGUGCCAAAUAAAUACGAGUCCAAUGAAAAAGCAAAUCGGUUGCAUCGAUGUGCAAGUUCCACCCGACAUCAUCAACGAGGAAUCGUCGGCCGAUUUGGCGGUGCAAGAGGGCGAGGAUGCCACUUUGACCUGCAAGGCGACCGGCAAUCCAAUGCCGCGCGUCAUCUGGCGUCGUGAAGAUGGUGAUAUGAUUUUAAUACGCAAGCCGGGGAGUCGCGAACUCAUGAAAGUGGAAUCCUAUAGUGGCUCGUCGUUGCGGCUGGUGCGCUUGGAGCGGCGCCAGAUGGGCGCUUACUUGUGCAUUGCAUCGAAUGACGUCCCACCGGCAGUUAGUAAACGCGUUUCGCUCAGUGUACAAUUUGCACCCAUGGUACGCGCUCCCAGUCAAUUGUUAGGCACACCACUCGGCUCCGACGUACAACUGGAAUGUCAUGUCGAGGCCUCACCAUCGCCUGUCUCCUAUUGGCUGAAGGGCGCCCGCACGCCCAGCGGCUAUGCGAGCAUCUCCAAUUCGAAUUUGGAAUCGGGCCAGCCGGGGCCGGAAAUGCUUUUGGACGGUCCCAAAUAUGGCAUAACGGAAAAACGUGAUGGCUACCGUGGCGUGAUGCUGCUGGUCGUGCGCUCGUUCUCACCCUCCGAUGUUGGCACAUACCACUGUGUGAGCACGAAUUCCCUCGGCCGUGCAGAGGGCACUCUAAGGCUCUAUGAAAUUAAAUUGCAUCCCGGCAUCGCGUCUAUAAAUGACGAUCAUCUCAAUUUUAUCAGUGGCAUCGAGGAGGCGGCGCGCGGUGGUGUUCGCGCGACUUCAUUAACCACAAUUCUGAAGCUUCAUUUGGCAUUUUACAUGGCACAAUUGCUGUUUACGACGUCCAUCACAGCACCGGCGGUUGGGCAGCGUGCGUAGUUUAUAUUCAAGUUGCGAAACUAAUGCAUUUAUUUAAAACAUAUAUAUUUAGGUAUAUAGAUAUAUAAGUAUACAUAUUUACUUAGCAUGUUUGCUUGUUUGUUCGUUAGUUGGCUAACUAUGUUAAUACGAUUAAGAAGUAAGGGAUGCAUGACGUUCAAAUCAAAAAGUGAUCUUUGAUAUUCGGAGUUCUCAAACCACUUACUUAGCCGUCAAUUGAAAUUUGUUUUACCGAAACCAAACCAAAUUUAAAUACGAAAUCAACUCUCAAAGACGAUUGGUUAACUGUUCGAAAUCAACAUUUUUUGCAAAGUAUGACUUAUUAAGGUAACCAUGCAGGUCAUAUAACUUCUGGGUAACAUUCUCUAGGAAAAUCUCCAAAAUGAAACAUACAUAUGUUUAUUGGCAACAACUUCUUAAUGGUAAAAUGGUAGUAUAUCUGUUGAGAAUAUGUUAUUGUGAAAGACUAUGUAAUGACUUUUUGUUACUGCUUUAGACUGCUAAAACCGCAGAUAUUGUUUGUUGCUUAAGGAAGUUAAAAAUUUUGACUUUCAAAAGCUUCUCAAUAGUUUCUCAACAGUUCAGUAAAUUUAAUAAUUUGAUCCAAAAUAUAUUUUUGACAAAUGAAA